UUGAGCAGGACGCCGAUGACUGUUGAGCUUUUGUGUUUUCCAAAGAGAUGCAUGGCAGAAAAGGGGGAAUUAUGAGAACAUCUGCAUUUGACUGGAGACAUCAUCGGCUGAAUUUGGACUCCAGUUCGAGACGACCUUCACAUCAAUCAAAGGCCUUAGAAAGACACAGAGAUGGUGCUGGCAAACUGCCUUCAGAAACACUCAACUCAGGGCAUGACCAUUUGGAUGUGGUGCCCAAGCUUGACUGCAUAUAAAAAUGGAGACCAUUUUUAAGGAACUUCAGUGAACCAUGCUCUUGAACAUAUGGAAAGGAUUAUUGGAUCAUUUUUAAAAAAUGAUGCAGUUGGACUGACUGCUGUACAAUCGCAUGGAACGCUCUAAAGCACUUAAGGAUUAAAAGAGAAUCUUUCAUCAAAGCAAGACGAUGUUCGUUGUGACGAAACCAAGGGCAAUGUAGCACCCAUAGCUUGCAAUUCCUUAUCAUGGAGGCUACUAAAACCUCAGGUGAAGUGGAAAAUUCCAAACAGAUUAUCAGUUUCAAAGAUGAAGAAAAACACUUGCCAUCCGAGAUGACCCAAAGAGGCCAAUCCUCUGGCUCAGAGGACAAAAUAAGACUUGCGGAGCAACCCCAGACCCCAUCUGUAAGUCCAUCUCCUGGUAUGGAGCCGCAGGUCCUUGCUUCAGAAAAUACACUUACCUCAAAAUCUAGAGAACAGUGUCAUGUCCAGCUCAGGAGGAAGAACGUUCCUCUUCCAAACAAAAGAUAUCUCCAGUCUGAGUAUGAGAUGCUUUCUGCGGGCCUUCACAAAAAGGAGCAGAAGUCUGUUAAAACUGGGAAGUAUGUAUGCCAGUAUUGUGGGAGAGCUUGUGCCAAACCGAGCGUACUAAAGAAGCACAUCCGCUCUCAUACUGGCGAACGACCGUAUCCAUGUAUUCCUUGCGGAUUCUCAUUUAAAACUAAGAGCAACUUAUACAAACACAGAAAAUCUCACACCCAUGCUGUGAAAGCAGGAUUGGUUUCAUUUUCAGAGCAAGACUGCAAGAAUACGGAUGAGGUGGCGGAGGGUGAAAUGCAUUCGGAUGCAGAACAUAGCAGCGAUACCGAUGAAGAAGUUGCGGAGGACUUGUCCUCGGAUACAACAAGCCAUAUUAAAGAAACAGAGGGUUAUGUGCAAGAAAAGGUUGGGAAAUUGGCCAAAAAUGAAGCCAUUUUUCCAUCUCAUACAUCACUCAAAAAGGAAAAGGGGUCAUCAGGAAAAGUAUCUUUAUGGCAAUUUCGGGAAAUGACGGCACCUGUGGCUAUUGCUCAAAUAGACCAAAUGGUCGAGUUCUCCACCAUCAAACAAAAACUGGCACUUCGGCUUUCAGAGAAGAAAAGUCAAGAAUCUGAUCAGUCCCUGUCCUUGCCCAGUUCAUACAGUAAAGGCAGCACUGAUUCGGGAUACUUCUCACGUUCUGAGAGUGCAGAGCAACAGAUCAACCAGUCGAGCGCAAGUGCCAAAUCAUAUCAAGAAAUUAUGUUUGGGAAAUGUUAUAGACCAGCGACCAGGCCAAAGCAAUCAAUCACUGUACAAACCUGCAUGACAGACAUAAAUGAAGCCACAUCUAGCUUCAUGAUUACACUGAACAAAGGCAUGAUGCCUGGUGACACGGACUCCUCCAUUCACAGAAGCAAAAAAGACCUAGUCAGAUCAAUAAAAAUUGAUUCAGAGUCGUUCCAAGAGGAAGAUUACCAAGAAUGUCAAAUUCCCAGCUCUGACCUUCUGGAAACGACAUUGGAGAGUAGUGUAUUCUUGCGCAGUAACUCUCUUCCAACCUCAUCUAAUUCUAAUCUGAAUGCACCACAAGGGCUAAGAAGCAGUAAUUCAUUUGAUGAGAGAAUGACAGGUGUUGAUGUCACCUACCGGGGUGCAAUGGGUAUGAGGAGGCUCAUGCGGCAAUCCGCGUUUGAACACUCUGCUAAUGAAGGUCACGCAGAAUCAGACUGCUAUGCUCAUUUGGCUUGUAGCUUAAAAUCAGACUUGAAAAUUCACAGCAUAGAUGAUUUCAAAAUGGCUGCCGAAAACUUUCAAGAAACUGAAUUAUGUCCAGGCCACUCAUCAGAAUCUUCCACAAGGAAACGAAGAAAAGACAAAACUGUCACGGAGGAGGAAGACUUUCCUAUUCAAGGCAAGCCGUCAAAAGCACCUGGACUCUCAGAGGACCUUGAGACAAAGCUAAUUUCUUUAGAGAGUGUUGUUUCUGACACUGAGAGGAAGGCUGGCAGCAAUGUUAUUUCUGUAAUUCAGCACACAAAUUCACUAAACCGACUGAACUCUUCAGAGAAGUUGAGUGAGGUUAGAUCCCAUCAGUUAGACAAAAAUGGCAAAUUCAUGGAAAAGGAGCAUAGCAUGGAUUGUCACAGAACAGGAUUAGAGUGUCAAUGGGGACCCUGUGGUUUUCUGCACCAGAAACUUCACAUGCAUAAACAGCCAACAUCUCAGCCUAAUAUCCAGGUCCCGGAGAUUAGAGUAACUGUGGAGCCUGACAGGCCUGAAAAGGUUCCAGAUGUAGGUGUUAAGCAAAGGGAAAAGCACACUGAGGAGUUCCAGUGGCCUCAGAGGAGUGAGACCCUGUCACAGUUUCCAAUGGAAAAACUACCACCCAAAAAGAAACGCUUGAGAUUGGCUGAGAUGGAAUGUUCUUCUGGAGAAUCUAGUUUUGAAUCCGCCUGCACAAGUCUCUCAAGAAGUCCAAGUCAAGAUAGCAAUUUAUCUCACAGCUCAAGUUUUUCCCAGUCCCUUGACAGAGAGGAGACCUUUAACCUUGUGUCCCAAAUUAACCCUGAUGAGUCUAAUAAGCCAUUAGAGCUCUUAUCAGUGCCUGGGAGUUCACAGAGUCAUCAUCGAGAGAUGAGGCGCUCUGCUUCAGAGCAGGCACCUUAUAAGUUACCCUCAGAGAUUGCUGAAUUUCGAAGCAAGUCAUUUGAUUAUGGCAGUCUUUCUCCGUCAUCUACAUGUAGGCUGGAGGAGGUUAAAGAACGUAGAAGGGCCUUUUUAGUUAGACAGACCUCAUUAAGUGGUGAACCUGAGACACAAGGCGGCAACUUUUCAGAUGAAAUGAGCAAGAGAACAACUUCGCCGUUUACUCCUGAGGGAUCCAUUGAGAAAAUGAGGUACUCUUUAAUUUCUGGUGGUCCUUUUCAACAUCACAGACAAUAUAGCCCACUGCAAACCUCAUCCCAGCAUGUUAAACCAACUGUUUGCAAUGUCGAUGACAUGGAAAAUUUAAUGCUUGUAAUUAAGAAAGAACCCGAAGAGUCUAAAUCACCUGAAACUUACGUUAACUUAAGGGAACCCCAAGAAGAUUGUUCUCAGAGUUUGGGAAAUGUUUUGUCAACAAUAGCAGUGCUUUCACAAGCUCAGCAAGCAUUAGCCAGUCAAUGCUCAUCUGGGUUGCUAGUUCCUGUCAGAAUUCAGAUGCAAGUACCAUCUUACGGAAACAUAACAUAUACUAGUAUAUCUCAUAUACUGGAUUCUCAAAUCCAGAAACCAAUUUCUUGCCUAGAACACAAAAAAUCUGCCUCUCAAAGUCAACAACUGCGCAGCCUACAAGCAUCACCAGCAAAGCUUAAAACAGGAAUACCUCUAUCAUUAACCUCCAAAACCAUCUCAACUACAGAAGCCCCCAGUGGGGGAGCAAACAAGCGAAUGCUCUCACCUGCAAGUAGCAUUGAACUCUUUAUUGAGGCGAAGCAGCAAAAACGAGUCAAAGAUGAGAACAUUUAUGGUCAGAUUGUUGAAGAGCUUAGUGCUGUUGAGUUAGGCAAUCUUGAAGUUGAAAAAGAAAGUCCCAAGUCAGAAUUCACCUCAGAGCCCAUUGACGAGGUGGAUAUGGAUGAGGCCACCCAAGACUUUUACAGCAAUCCAGAGUUGCAGUCUUCUGCUAGAAUUUCUCAAGAUGCUGCUAUAAUGAAGCGAAAGCCAACACCUGAAAGCACGAUAACUAGUCAUCAUUCUGCUUCUUGUAUCAGUUUAAUGCCCUCUGCAAUCACUGGUGCUUUACUGUUCUCAAAGUUUCCAGGUCUUCACACUACUACUUGCAUGAGCUGGUGCUAUCUCAAUACCACUAAACCAAAUAGCACCCACACUGUCGCACCAUUCUCGGAAUAUGCCUCAUGGUUUGUGAGAUGUCAUAACCCCAACCCACCAGAUCUCAGCACUGGGAUGGUUCUUGCACUUCUCCGAUCUAAACAGCGAAGACAGAAUGCUAUUUAUACAAUUGCUACCAUCUAUCAACCUGGACUACUUGUGACUUCUACCCCCUGGAGACCGAAGCAAGAACAGAUUGCACUGGACUACAGAGAGGAAGAUACAAAACAAGACAUCAGGCUAAAAGAAAUGAGCCACCGGGGCAAAUCUUUACGAGAGGAUGUUUCAUCCACCAUUCGCCAAACAGAACCAAUGCGUGUGAAGAUAUUUGAAGGAGGGUAUAAGUCCAAUGAGGAAUAUGUGUAUGUGAGGGGCCGUGGCCGGGGAAAGUAUAUAUGUGAAGAGUGUGGUAUUCGUUGUAAGAAGCCAAGCAUGCUUAAGAAACACAUACGGACGCACACUGAUGUAAGACCCUACAUCUGCAAGUGCUGCAAUUUUGCAUUUAAAACUAAAGGGAAUCUUACCAAGCAUAUGAAGUCAAAAGCUCACAUGAAAAAAUGCCUUGAACUUGGAGUUUCACCAACAGCUAUGGACAAUGCAGAAGAUGCUGAUGACACCCAGAAAUCAUUGGGCGUCAUGCCAGCGGAACAAACCAUUAAACAUCAGUUCUCAGAUGUGGAGGACUCUGAUGGUGUCGAUGAGGAUGAACCAGACGAUGAUGAAGAUGAUGAAUGUGAUGGUGAUUCUACACCAAAAACGUUGUCUAGAAGCACAAGUCCUCAGGCCUAUGCAGUCAACAAGCCAUGUUUGUCUGGCUGCCUCCCUAAACACUUUGACCCAGGCUGCAAUCUACCAAAGGAACAGCAUGAAGCAUCCUCUCUGACUAUUGAGGAUGACCUGAAUUCGGAUCAGUCAAGCUGCUCCUUUGAGCUCUGCCCACCUCAGCUGCUGUCACCUUGUUGGGACUCACCUCGCCAGAGGUACAUGUCCCCAAGAGGAGAUCUCUCACCCCAUCGUCACCUACUGUCAAACCGAGAUUCGUCUCCAUUAAGGGCCGUUUCUCCCAGGAGAGAUUUGAGCAUCAGAGGGGAUUUUUCACCUAUUCGCCAGCUGUCACCUGUAAGACCUACAGGUUUGGACACAUCAGGGCAGCGAGCGCAGUCUCCACUGGGUCGUCAUAAAGUAGCGCUCAGGGCUGUGUCUCCAAGAAGGGGGUCUUAUCAGCACAGGACCCACAUGGAUCCUGGAAGGAGUGUAAGAUUUCAAGCUUCGCCCAUUAGACCAAUCUUUGGAGAAACAGGAGUGGAUCAAGGGGAUACUUCUCUUAAUCUCUAUGUUCCUGUUGGCCUAUGCAACAGUAAGGAUCUGCCAAAAACCCGGCAGCCAGACAUCUUCAGUCAUUUGCCUUUGCACUCUCAAGGACAGGUGCCAACACCUGUUCCAAUGGUCCCUAUCGGGGGGUUAAGAAUGCCAUCAAUAUCGACAUCUGGUGCUGCUGGGGAGAGAAAUUCACUCCCAUCAAUUCCACAGGGGAACAUUUUAGAAACGGCUGCUUCAGGCCGGAGCUCAGCCUCUGUCCCAGAUCCAGCAGUGGCCUACAGUGGAGAAAUAGCAAUCUCUUCCACUGGCCUUCCUAACAAGGAUGAUAAGAAGGAGGAGAGUGUCUACACCUGUGCAAAAGCUAUUGCUUCCCUCAGAAUCACAUCUGAAGAUGCCUCUGAUAAUCCACCUAAAAGCUGACUUUAUAAACAAUGUAUAAUAGCAUUCGAAAGCAAAACUAAAUUCAAGCUCAAACCAGAAACAUACUUUAUGCAAGUAUUCAAACAUCGUGAAUGGUUGUUUUUACUGUUUGUGUUCUUGCAUUGCACUGGCGGUAGCAAUCUUCUCUACUCUAGGGGCGUUCAGAUUACCUUUAAUUGUCUGUGCCAUUAAAACGGGUGUGUUCCACUUCACUUUUAGACACCUACUCCCGAUCUUCCCUAAGCUUUCCAUCCAGGGGAAUCAGCCCUGCUAUGUUGAAGUGCAUUCCACUUGAUGGAAUAGAUGGAGGAAGUUUACAUGCAAAGACCUUUGACUUCUUGAGAUGUAACUACUUAUACACAAACUUUGAGCUGCUUCAUAUACCAUGAUGCAAAACAACCCUGUUGAUCAGGGUUAAUUUACCCCUAACUUGGAACUCUUUAAUAUAUAUGUAUUUUAAUUUUUAGAUGCGUAAAACAACCCAAGCAUACCUGUAGACAUAUAGAAUGAUGCAUCAUAUAGAUUCAAAAAAGUGUACAGAUUGUCUCCAUAGCCGAUUUAAAAUGAUCAAGGGCUUAAGGCCAGUGUAUACUUUGAAUGGCAACAUUUCAUCAUCAGGAGUGUCAAUGGACACCUGUGCACAUAUUUUCUGCCCACAAACAGUUUUUUUUGUAAAAUAGCAGGUGCAAGGUGAAAGUUCAUACAAAACUGUGCAUGUUGUCCACUGUGCUCAUGGUUUGAUGAGAGUGAGAUACAUAAGAUUGAGCAGAACAUGAAAAUAAAGAAUACACAGGCUAGUAAGAAAUUUUUGCUCAGCCCUUUGCAUCUCAAUAAAGACGAGUCAACAAGAGUAAGGGAAGUUAGUAAGGGAAAGGCAUUAAUAAAAUGAAGUGGAAUGCGACUCUUUAUAUGUUACUAUUCAAGAAGGUGCUGUAAGUAUGCCAAGUUAACAAACUGUAACUUGCUUAAUUCUCCAUAGUUGAGCCAUAGUGCCCCCUUGCAACAUUAUUAAUUGCACAUUUCAGAAGGCAAAGAUACACAAGUUAAACUUGUGUAGAGUGUGUUUUUGGCCUAAAGGCUGGUUUAUACUUCUGCGUCGAGUGAUCGCUGUGACCCACAGUGCCUGGCAUGCGCGUGGUCAUAGCAUUCAUACUUCUGCGCUAAGUUUGUGUUGCUCUGCAAUAACACUUUUGAAAUGCUAGCUCGCAGUAGGUUUUUAUGUUCCUCUGUGUCGAGUUUCUUCAUGGUUGUUUUGUUUUUUCUGAAAGCUACCUUAAUGUAGAAGAAGCUAAAACUCGUUCAUUUAGAGGCGGGAACCAGCGGACGUGCAACAACUUUAAUCAUAAGGUAAACACAAAACAAAAGUUUCCACCUGAAGCUCCUUUACGUGACUCGACACUUGUAAACACUCGCUCCUUCGGGCUUGCGGCUCUCAGCACCGCCCCCAACUCUUCACAGCUACCCAAGCCAACCAAUCACAGAGCUUGUGACGUGUGGUUACUUUUUUAAGAGGUGCGCGUGUCGGCGUCAGCCAUGGCGAGGGCUAUGCACCGGAGCAUACAUGUGCGAUUGACGGAGAAGUAUAAAUCAGCCUUAAAAGUCUGUUCUAGGGGCGUUUACAUGACAACUCUUUUCAACUAAAGCAUUUUGGCCAUGUAUUUACAUGACAACAGCAUUUUGGGGGCCUAAAAAUGUGAACUUUUGAAAAGGGGUUUCUUAAUGCAAGUACUUAACAACCCAUGUAUGUGCACUGACAUGUAGUGUUUCUGCAUAAUGUCGCCACCUACUGACCUGGCAUAAUACAUUGUUUUUAACAGAUCUUUUUCAAAAGGAUUCUUUUAACAACGCCGAAGGUGAAACUUUUACAUUUUUAAGUCCAUCGCGGUCAUGUAAACGUGCCCCAAGAAUUAAUUGCACAUUUCGGAAUCUAAAGAUGCACAAAGUUAAACUUGUGUAAAGUGUGGUUUUGGCCUAAGAGUAUGACCAAUGGGGUGUUUACAUGACAACUCUUUUCGACUUGAAACGUUUUGGCCAUGUAUUUACACAACAACAGCAUUUUGGGGGCCUAAAAAUGCAGACUACUGAAAAUAGGUUUCUAAAUGCAAGUACUUGACAGCUCUUGGUUGUGUUAGGUGAUGUCGCCACCUACUGGCCUGGCAUAAUACAGCAUUUUUUACAGAACAGAUUUAUUUUGACAGUGUCGAAGGUAAACCUUUCCGUUUUUAAGUAGAUUGCUCUCGUGUAAACGUACCUCGAUAUUUUGCUGACUUAGGCAUAACGGGUUUCUUAAUGCAAGUACCUGACAAACCAUGUAUGUGCACCGACAUGUAGUAAUUUUGCAUAAAGUGACGUCGCCACCUACUGGCCUGGCAUAAUACAUCCUUUUUAGCCAUGUAAGCUUACACUUGUCUACAAGUUUGUUUUAACAAUGCCGAAGAUUCAAUUUUUAGUUUUUUUAAGUCACAUUUUUAAGUGGUAAACGUGCCCCAAGAACUAAUUGCACAUUUAGGAAGCUAAAGAUGCACAAAGUUAAACUUGUGUAGAGUGUGUUUUGGCCUAAGAGUCUGACCAGGGGGGUCUUUACAUGAUAACUGUUUUUAGUUAAAAAGUUUUGAUCAUGUAUUUACACAUCAACAGCAUUUUGGGGGCCUGAAAAUACAAACUUGGGUUCCUAAUGCAAGUACUUGACAACCCAUGUAUAUGUAAGGUGAUGUCGCCACCUACUGGCCUGGCAUAGUACAGCAUUUGUAGCCAUUUUCACACAACUGAUUUAUUUACUUAGGCGUAAAUAAUUAAAUAUGCACAACAUCUAGCAUUUAUAUUCAUUGCAGUGAACAUGCAUAUAUACAAAUAUAAACGUGAAUAAGAGACAUAUUUACAUCGUCAAUUUUAGAUCAAUAUUUCAUGAGAACCAGUUGCAAAUCUUGCAUUUUACAGGACAGGAGGUGCAUCAUUGCGUCCCCAAGCACGGUUUGCAUUUGUACCGAAUUUGUCCUCAUUGACUUCUGCUUGUGCCUUUUAAGAAGAUGUUUGCAUAUUCCUCGAUGAGAGAAAGUCAUUCGAUGUACCCCGUUUAUGCACUUAAAAAUUAGUGGUGGUCAUUAAGUUGAACUAAUAUGAGGUAUCGUGGUUGCUUUUUGAGAUUGCACUUAUGACGUACGUUACAGUUUGCAUAUUGCAUUAAGCUGUGCUCUGACAUUGCCUUGUACGCUAUUGUAUAUUUUUGCUGGCACCUUUAUAACUGCAUUAUGUGCGUUCGAGAUUAUGAACCCAAAAGUGUUUAAACAGGACUUUUGUUUAAACCGUCUCCACCGUACAGUAUUUUUCUAAAUGUAUCAUACCUCGUUUCCUUAUGUAAUCUUUAGAUAUUUCAGCACUUAAGCAAAGAAGUGUCAUUAUAAGGCAUUUUUAAUAUAGAUCUGCAUACGACAUCAUAUUAGUAUAUAUAAAGUGGUAAGUAUUGUGCGUUACGAUGACUAUUUGAAGCACUUUCUAGCGAGCUGAUAGACUGAAUGCAGUGUCAUCAAUAUUGGAGCUCUUUUCAAUCACUUUAGAUGAUUUUUCAUUGAAUUUAUCAUAUGGCACAACAUUCCAGUCACUGUUAAGUCAAUUAUAUGUGCGUGUACGUGCACACACAUACAUAUUUACACAAACACACACACACGUAAUCGCUAUCAUGUACUGUAAUUACUUUCGAAGAGUGUGUUUUGGUCAAGUACAAAAAAAACGAAUGGUAUAUUUGAAGGGAUGGUUGCUUUUUUCAGGUUUUUCGGCCAUCAGAUGACGGAUCCUUUUCUGGUGAACUGUUUGAAUGUAUGCAUUUUUAGCCUUUUAGUCAUAUUAAAUGAAGGUAUAAGUGCUAUCUCAUAUUAAACAUACCGAUAACAUAUGAAGUAGCAGUCAGUUUAUGGUAUUUAUAUUAUAGUCUUGAGUAUUGCAAAAUGCUGCGAUGGUUGAGUUUGUACUGAAGGAACUUUCAUGUCAUGUUUACAGUAUUACAUAGUAAAGAUUUUGAGGUAUCUCGUUUGAAUUUAUGGCAUUUUAGAAAUUACAACUGUUAUUUAUCUUACGGACUGGUACGUGGUCAUCAUUUGUAGACGUUCAUGAGUAUUUCUUUUGUUUUGCCCAUAAAGGCAGCUGGUUUCUUCUUAUUUAAAUGUUUGUUUUUGUUUUACUCUGAUUACAAG